CUCUGUUUCGGUAAACUCCAUCAACUCCCAACAAAACACAGAUUUCAUCGUUUGAUUUUAAUGAUCUUCUAGGUACUUGCAUUAAUCAUUAUAGCUUAUUUAACCACCUUUUUUUACAUCAAAGAGAGCAAAUUGGAUCCAGUAUUUGAUCAAAGAUUUGAUCUUUCGAUGUCCGCCUACCGCCAUGGGACGGAAACGGAGCAUUCUGCAAGUGGAGAAGAAUCGGAUAAUGGAAGCGAAUUUCGAAUGGAAUCUGUGAUGUAUGUGUCUUCAGCUGCUGCAACGAUCUUUAUUGUUGGGCUUCUAGUAGCUGGGGUUUUAUUGCUGGCUUUGCUAAUUGCAUUGAUCGUAAUGUUACAAUCUUGCCAAACUCGGAAUUCCGGGGCUCUUGAAAUGUCGAAAUCUAUAGAUCAAUCUUAUGAUUAUUGUAGAACGGCCACUCUACACGCAGAGCUUAAUAGCUUCGAAUUAUAUUCUUUGCCUGAGUUUUGCACGGAUUUGGCUGUCCACUACAUAAAAGAUGGUCGUUAUACGAGCGAUUUGAGUUAUAUGGUGUCGAUUGUUGAGGAUUACUUCAAGAAUGUGACACCGGUCGUUGGUGGUCGGGAUGUGGUGUUGAUGGAUUUAGAUGACUUACUCCCGUCAGAUUCUUUCUAUACUAACCCAAUGUUUUAUCGAUUCCAUCAUGAUGGUUACGAUGAUGGUGAUAAAGAGGCGAAACAUGUGUUCUUGCUGGAAAUAUACACGAAGCUUCGGUCUGGUGGAUGGCCAUUGGUUUUAUUGUCAAGGGAGCCCGAGAAACAACAACCCAUGAUCGUUGACAAGCUUAUAGCAGCUCGAUUUGAAGGUUGGUCGAAAUUGAUUAUGAGAUCGGAUGAGGAGAUGAAAAUAGAUACCCGCAAAUAUUUCUUCAAACAAAAGGCGAUCAUGCAAGCAAAGGGUUACCAUAUCAGGGCGGUGAUCAGUAGCCGUAUGGAUGCUUUAGUUGGCCCGUUUAUUGGAACACGGGUCUUCAAACUCCCGAAUCCUUCUACACAACCAUUAUCAAUGAUCGAUACACAAGAAGCAGAAAGGUAGCGUUCUGCUUUUCGUGCACGAAAGGACACUACGUGUGUCUCUGGUUAUUGGUCGAUUUCUAUUUUCAGCACCAUUGUUAAGUUUAUGAACUUGAAACAUACCAUUUUAGGAAAGAUUUGAAGAACUUGUA